AAGGUUGAGGUGAUAUUUGCGUCCGAGGGAGACCUCACCGGGACGGGACAGGUAGCGCUGACCUCUUAUCGGCGGAUGUUUACUGUCACGGUGUACAUUACAGAAUAGAUAAUGCACAGACAUGGUGCCUUGCCAGACCCAUGUGUUGCUAAAGUGGCAGGAGCACUUCAACAGCUCCUGGGCAGCAGAAGACGGCGUCCAGACCGCCAGGAGGCACCGAGCUGCUGCCCUCUACAGUAAGCUCCUCCACAACAAGGAAGUGGUGACUCUGGCCCAGCCUGUCCAAGAGCUCGUUGGCCCGCGCCUGCCUGACUUCGAAUGCGAGUCCAGUGCCUCGGCGGAGAAGGAAGAGUACCUGUCGUCUCUGCUUCACAGCCAGCGAUGGCUGGCUCACCGCAUGCUGACGCAAACCUCCUACACCUUGGGCCUCCAUCACAGGCUGGUUGUCCUUCAGAGGAUCUACUACGCACUUCACAGCAAAUACCAUGACAAGUUCCGUGUGCAGCUGCCCUCGCAGUCCACAGACAGCGGGGCCGAGUGUGGGCAGCUUGAGCUGGCCUCAGAGCCUUGCCUGCCAGGGGCAGCAUCCAAAAUCAAGUCAGGUACAGAUGUUCUGAUAGAGAUGGGGGUGAGGACAGGUUUGAGUCUGCUCUUCUCACUACUGCAGCAGAACUGGAGAUACGCAGCCUCCGUGCACCCAGAGUCGGUGCUUUGCAAUGAUGUGCUCGCCACAGCGUCCUCGGUGCUUGCUUCGCUGCCACCGCUGUCUCUGGCCAAUGAGAAUAAGAUCCCAUCAGUGGGGCUGGACUGUCUGGCACAGGUGGCUGACUUCCUCAAGAAAACAUCAGUGAGCAGUGGGACUGGCGGGGCAGACCCCACCGGUCGGAGGCUAGCACUGGAGCUGCUGCUCGGCCUGGCCAUGCAAAGAGGCUCUCUGAAGUUUCUGCUGGAGUGGGUGGAGGUAGCUUUAGCUGCUUCCAUGUCCUCCUGCACCUCCACACUGUCUUCCUCCUCCUCACUGAGCUCACAGCAGCCAGCGGGGGUCGGCUUUGAUGUCAUCCAUCAAACCCUUUUCCAAAUGAGGCAAUAUUCGGGUGUCCGUGGAGACUGUGUCAAUACUCAGGUGCUGAUAAAGGACGCAGAUGGACUUUGUCGACUCUCCCAGGCUGCUCUCUGUCUCUUUGAGGAGAUUUGUAACCUGGCGUCCUACUGCCUGUGCUCCUGCAGCACUGAUGCAGCUUCUCCUGGUGCAGAGAGCGAUAUGGUCAUGGUGUACGUGUGGGGCAGCAACAGCAGCCAUCAGCUGGCAGAGGGAACUCUGGAGAAGAUCCUCUUGCCAAAAUUGACGCAGGGCUUCAGCGAUGCUCAAAUGAUUGAGGCGGGUCAGUACUGUACAUUCUCUGUCUCUGCGGAUGGUUCUGUGAAAGCAUGUGGAAAAGGCAGCUAUGGCCGUCUGGGUCUGGGGGACUCUAAUAAUCAGUCCAUGCCCAAGAAACUUGUGCUGGAGCCACAUAGGAACAUGAAGAAAGUUUCCUCCUCCAAGGGCUCUGAUGGUCACACUUUGGCCAUCACUGUAGAAGGAGAGGUGUUCAGCUGGGGAGAUGGAGAGUAUGGAAAACUCGGCCAUGGCAACAGUGCUACACAGAAAUACCCCAAAAUCAUACAUGGACCACUGUUUGGCAAAGUCGUGGUUUGUGUGUCUGCUGGCUACAGACACAGCGCUGCUGUGACUAAUGAUGGAGAGCUCUAUACGUGGGGAGAAGGGGACUUUGGCAGACUUGGUCACAGUGAUAGCCAGAGUCGGAACAUGCCCACGCUGGUGAAGGACAUCAGCGGCGUAGGUCAGGUGGCCUGUGGCAGCUCCCACACCAUCGCAGUGGCGCAGGAUGGACACACUGUGUGGUCGUUUGGUGGAGGAGACAACGGUAAACUAGGUCAUGGAGACACUAAUCGUGUGUAUCGCCCAAAGGUCAUAGAGGCCCUGCACGGAUUCAUCAUCAGAAAAGUGUGUGCUGGCAGCCAGUCGUCUCUGGCUCUUACUUCUGCUGGACAGGUGUUUGCAUGGGGCUGUGGCUCGUGUUUAGGGUGUGGCUCCUCUGAGACGACCUCUCUGAGGCCCAGGUUCAUCGAUGAUCUGAGCAUCACCAAGAUCAUUGAUAUCUCAUGUGGAGACAGCCACUGUCUGGCUCUGUCUCAUGAGAAUGAAGUGUAUGCCUGGGGGAACAACACCAUGGGCCAGUGUGGGCAAGGCCACACUUCUACACCUAUCACUAAACCUAAGAAAGUACUUGGUCUAGAGGGUGUGUCCAUCCAGCAAAUCACCGCAGGCACUUCUCACAGCCUGGCCUGGACCGCAGUUCCAACUGACAGGCAACUGGUGGCAUGGCACAGGCCCUUUUGUGUCGACCUGGAAGAGAGUACAUUCGCCUACUUGCGCAACUUUCUGGAAGGUUACUGUGAUGGCAUCGGGGAUGACACACCUCCUGCUCCAUUCUUAUCUAAAAGGGACCACCAUCAGUUUCUUUUGCUGUGCAUGAAGCUGCUGUCCAUCCAUUUGUCUUUGGCCCAUGCUGGGGGCACUGGUGCCAUGGUUUUGGGGGCUCAGAGCCGACCUCUCAGAAACCUGCUCUUCAGGCUCAUAGACACCAAAAUGCCAGACUCCAUACAACAGGCAGUUUUAAACACGUUGUCUAUUGGUGCUUCUCUGCUGUUGCCUCCACUGAGGGAAAGAACAGAACUGCUGCUCUCCCUCCUUCCUCAGGGCCCUCAGAGCUUGAAUGUCCUCUCCAAAGGCCAGCGUCUUCAGUUAGACAUGGUCCUCAGUAGCCUUCAGGACCAGAGCCAUGUAGCUUCUCUACUCGGUUACAGCAAUUUUGGUGAGGUGACAGCCCUCGGACCCCCUCUGACACCUGCUGUGUCAGUCCGGCCGCCUUCUUCAUCCAGCUCCGCUGAGUCCUAUGACCCUCUGCACUUAGCAGAGGUGCUCCUCAGAACCCUGCUCCUCAGCAUAGGCUUUUACACGGAGCGGGCAUUCGGGGAACUGGAGAAAAACAGUGACAAGCAGCUUUCUAGUGAUAGCCAGGGACAAACUGAUCCUCCCUGUCACUUCCACCAGCUGCUGUCUGGACUUCACAAACACCUGCUUGCCCAUUGCUACAUCCAUACCAGCCAUGAGGACGACAGCAGUGUAACGCUGCUUCGUGAGCAUCUUUACCUGCUGCUUCCCUGUGCUACUGAGACCCUCAAGAGAUCCACCAAACUGUUGAAGGAGAGUUCCCUGGAUAAACAAAUCAUCAAGAAGCUUAACACGGUGUUGUACAACUCAGUGGCUGGCAGCCUUCUGUGCCAGGUAAUGUACUCCUUGCUGCUGCUCCCGCUGAGCACAGUUCAACCCCUCCUCAGCCAUUUACUGGCCUUGCUGGAGCAGCUCAAUGAUUUCAAUAGGUUGCUGCCAGAGACAGAGCUCUUGGAGGAACAAGAACUGGGGAUAGAAGCUCAGAAGACCUCUUUGGAUAAAAGUGAAGAAAACCAAUGCCUGGGACAGCAGCAACAGGAGGAGGAGUGCAAGUGGGCUUGGCUGUUAGACCUAGAACGGUCUGUAUCGUUGGCAGUCGGCCGUUGCCUUGGUGGUAUGCUGCAGGGCCCGCCGCCCUCGCUCCCGGAGAAAACGUCAGAGUUCUGGCUAUCAAAUAUCCUGCUCAGAAACGGGCUUGAGAUGGACUACGAACAGCUGGACUCUAACAUGGCAUGGCUGACUGAGGUGGUGCUCCUGGGCAGCAGCGAUGCCCGGCUUGCAGAGCUGAGUCUGAAUGAGGAGACCAGGACUUUACUGGAGCUGGCUCUGGGAUCCUCCAGAGGAGCUGCAUGUGGAAUGUGGAGGAAGAUGGAGGAGUAUGCUCAAAGCAAAGAAUGGGAGAGCGGAGGCUCUUCAGGUGACUGUUUGCUGCAGACGGUCUGUCGCUGCUGUCUGGCUGCUCUUCUGAAACACUCAGGUCUGCAGAAUGAGGCCUGCUGGCAGGACAGAUACGAGCCCUGUGAGAUGCUGUUAGACGUCUAUGAAACAGUUUAUAAAAUCAGAAGCACUCUGCUGGCACAUAAAAACUCUCUAAGGACGUCACAGGUGCAGGCUGCUGCCAAACAGACUGUUCAAUCGCCCCCAAGUCCUGAUGUAGACAGGCAAGAAGCAGGGCCCUCAGUGGAGCAAGUGGGAAAGGAUCAUGUGCAGCCGGCAGUGGGUCAGUGUAGCCAGGAGGUGCAGGUAACGCUACCUCCCACAGCCAACCACAACCAGGAGGAGGUUGCAGAGGAGGAUGCGUUUGGCAAUAGUCGUAUGUACCUGUCAGAAGUCCUCGAAUCAUUCAUGGCCACCCGGGAAGCCAUGCAAGUGCAGCAGAAUGUGACAGUUUACGAGUCCUUCGGCACCUCCACCCUCCCCAGCAGCAUGGAAAGCCCUGUCAGUCCGGACAGGGAGCAGGAUCCCAAAACGCAUUGGGAGACGCAGGGGGAUUCUGAGGAGAACUUGUCUUUCCCCGCCGCCUGCCAUCUGGUGGUGUCCCGCUGUCUCUUCCUCCUGCUGGGGGUUCGGCCUGCUUGGGUGGAACCUGGCGAACGGGAGAACAGUCCGGCUACAAACGCUGGAGCGAGGAAAUCAUCAACAGAAUCCUUUACAAUGGCUGCUGAUGGCAGAAAACAGUCCGACCAAUCCAAAACGUCCUUGGGAUCAUCCAAGAAUAAAAUGGGCUUACCUCUGUGUUCACUGGAUAUCAUGAAAGACGCCUGGGACCGCCUGCGACAGUGCAUCAGCCCGACAGCAACCAUGUCCCACAAUGGCAACAACACUUUGCCGAUUCUUAACCAGGUGUUCCACUUUGCAUGUGGAAGCCUGAUCCACUUUUCAUCCUCCUCACCAACACUGCUGGCUGGACAGACGUGUAGUCAGGCAGAUCCAAAGGCCAUUUCGUUUGCUAUACUGCAGCAACAACAGAGGGCUGAGAUGCGACUGGAGGCCUUGUGUCAGAUGUCGUCCUUCUUGUCAAAGAUGGAGGAAAAGAGCAGUGGGUGCACAGUUGCCCGUCAGUUUCCUGCAUUGCUGCAGUCUGUGCAGCUUCAGUUCCUCUCUGGAUGCUUUGCUUUGGGAACGCAUAUCAUUGGCUCUCCCUCAGGAGCUUAUUAUGAGACGCAGCAUUACAUGUCUGGUACACAUUCAGCUUGUAUGGAUACGCAAAGGGAGCUACAGUCUGCAGCCCACACCUUCUUCCAGCAGGUGGUGCGUGUCCUCAGACAGAGAGUCCUGUUUGAAAAAGAACACACGGGUUCCUGUCAGCACCUUCUCCUGGCCACAAUGUUUGCACUGAAUUUCUGUUACCAACCAGUGGACCUGGUGCUGGUAAUCAAAUGUGGCAUCCUGGAUGUCCUGUCUGUGCUGACAAACAACAGCUGUGCUCUGAUGAACCAGAGCUGGUUUGCAGCCUCUGCAUCUGGAUCCAUGUUAAUGAAUGGGUCUGUCAGACUAGCUUGUACGCGCCUGCUUCAGAUACUGACUGUAGCUGCAAGCUCCUGUGAGGAUUCACUGCCUCUCGACGUGUCCCAAGCUCUAAUGGAAGUGAUGUGUGAGCAGCUCCAAAAUGUCCUGCACACUUUCCACCAACAGCAGACAGCGGAGAGAGGAGCAGCUGAGAGAACAGAUCUCGACUCCAGCAGCAAGAGCGCAAAUCUAGUUGGAGUAGAAAGCAGCAAAGUGGUUGAAUCUCAGCUUGCAGACUUCUUGGUGUUUCUGAGGCGUGUGCUGUCUCUACGAGUAAUGAAAAGACUUUCUACUUUUGUCAAAUGGAUCGAUCCACUCAUGGCCAUUAUUUUGCACAAGUGCCCUUUAGGAUCUCCCUGCUUCCAGAACCUUCGCACUAAGCUCCUGGCGUUUCACGUUUUAGAAAGACUGUUACCUGCUUGUUCUGAGCCAGUUCAAAUUCAGCAGAUUGUUAAACAACUCUUUCAGCUCUUGUCUGUUUAUAUGUGGGAUGAACCACUCACUGAGAGGAACCACGAGGAGGAGAAGGAAAAAGACACAGGGAACCCUGGCAGCUACGAUGAAUGUAUUCCCAUUGGAGAUUUUUCCUUUGACCCACACAAGCUGGUCUGUUGUUCUUUGGAGAGUGGGAACAUACUCUCCCAUGGCUCAGGAGGGAAAGGUUACGGCCUGGCAACCACUGCCAUCACCUCUGGCUGUUUCAUAUGGAAAUUCUACAUUACCAAAGAGAACAGAGGCAAUGAGGGCACAUGUGUGGGCGUGUCACGCUGGCCAGUCAGAGAUCACAACCAUCACACCACCACUGAUAUGUGGCUGUAUCGGGCUUACAGUGGCAACCUGUACCACGGAGGGGAACUGGUCCGCACACUUCCCUCUUUUACCCAGGGAGACACCAUAACCUGCAUCCUGGACAUGGAGGCUCACACCAUUUCUUUUGCUAAGAAUGAUAAGGAGCCAAAGUUGGCAUUUGAAAGUGUGGUUGCCUCUGAACUGUACCCGUGUGUGUUGUUCUACAGCAGCAAUCCUGGAGAAAAGGUGGCCCUGCGUGACCUGCAGAUGAGGGGCAUGCCCAGUAACCUACUUCCUGGAGAUCCCCUCUGCAGCCCUCGGACGAUGGUGCUGCUGGAGUCAACAGUGCAUCUCCUCCGUCGGCUCCAUCAGUGUGACACGUGGGCCUUGCACAUCAACCAGUACAUCCACACCCACCUGGAGCUCAUUGGUUUUUUGCUGAAAGAGGACGACUUAGGAUGCUUCAGUCAGGGCUUCAGCUCCACACGCUUUGAGAAAGAAGAGACUGAAAGGGAAAAAGGCCUGGCUGGUGACGACACAAGGGAACUGCCAGCACAUCGCCGGUCGCUGUCAGAGGCCAAACUGGCUGCUCUUUGCACUGAAGUGUGGCCAGUACUGGCUGUGAUCGGAGGAGUGGACAGCGGUCUGCGGGCUGGAGGUCUGUGCUUGCACAAGCCCAGUGGACGUAGGGCUAUUCUGCUCGGUGUCCUGAAAGAAGGAAGCUCCCUGGUCAAGCUCCAGUGGGAGGAGGCGGAACUCUCUGUCAGCUCCAUGAAUUCUUGGUCACCCAGCGACACCCCGGCCAUCUCACUGGAGCCCUGCGAUGUAUCCUGCUGCGACGUCAGCCGCCUCGGAGGUCUCAAGCCAACAGUGUUGUUAGAUCUGAUUUAUUUGAUGGGGCUGCUGGAGGAGCAGGGGUGGCUGGGAGCUUAUCCUCCCGCCAAAAGGAAAUACUCAGAGGAAAACACGGAGACACAGAGCUGUCUGGAUGAAAACCUGUCAGAUGAAAUCGGAUGGUUGACAGAAGAGGACAGGAAAAAGUGUAAGGAUCAGAAGGUUGAGACAGACCCCUGCAUUUCACCGCCCUCAAACAAAGAUGCCUCAAAGAUUGCUGACCAUCAGGAGUCGACAUCUCAACCCCUACCUCACCAAACAUCUCAAACCUCUAAAGUUGAUGCCUUUGCACUUGAACUGAGAGCAGUUAGAGUCUCAUAUCUUCUCAUCGGAGCUCUGAAAUCCCUUACUGUCAUUUUUAGCUGUGAGAAGCUAUCAGAUAUGCUUCUAGUGCCAAAACAUGACCCCUCCAACUCCUCAGUGAGUCCCCUUUCCAGCCUGAACCCUGAGCAGGCUAAGGGCAGCUGCAAACAAUGGGAUGAGAGUGCUGAGCUGAGAUCAGUGCUGCAGUAUGUGGUGCAGAGCAUGGUGAAGUGGGCGGUCAGGCCCUGUCCCAUCAAACAGAGCGUGUCUCUAUCCGACCUGGAAAGGGCUCAGGUCAUGAUCUACAAGGGAGCCCUGAAUAGACUGCAGGAGGACAAAGAACGCAAAGAAUCAGGCCACAACUUGUCCUCUCAGCCCAUCUCCAAGUCUUCCAGCUCUGUGUCCUUGUACAGCGCGGGUUCAGAGGGCACCGCCAUCUUCGGCCAAUCAAACAGAGCGUCUGCCUCAUCCUCCAACACGGACUUGGCAUCGUCUCUGCCAACAAACCUGCAGACGGACGGCCUUGAUAAUUUCAACCCUUUCCUCCCCAUCAGCCUCCUCCAGCACAUGGUACUAACUCGGUUCCCCACGCUUACCGGCCUGGUUAGUGCUCCCCCCGUUCUGCACCCUUGCUUCAGCCUGGCCAGCUCUGCUUCUUGUGACGCCUUCACAGAGCAGCAGACUAGCUUCAUGGAACCAGGUCCUUGCAGCACACAGGCCAGGAGCAGCCUGGAACGGACACAAAUGUUUGUCACCAGUCGGUUGCUAGAAAUGGGAUUCUCUAUGAGACAUAUCCACUGGGCCAUGGAGGCAGCAGAUGUAGCUGGUGACUUGGACUCACAAACCAUCGAGGUGUUGGCCAGCUGGAUGCUCGAGCACCCCCUGACUGAGGAGCAGCUGGCGGGCGAGCCACCGAGAGCUGAGGGUGCUCCUGAGACCCCGUCCUCGGAUGGGCCAGAGACGGUGCAGUGUCCCGAGCGCCCCACCAGUCAGCCCACUGAAAGCCUGUUGCCAGGGCUGGACUGGAUAGAGAGGGAGAGCUUCUUGGACGUCCACCUGACCAGAAACAGACCUCCUCCAGCACGGCGGCGUCGUUCAGGCUCAACUCAGAGGACGUCAUUUCGAAGGGCGGACUUGCCAUCACCAAACACCCUCCCGCAGCUGUACCAACAACACACAGCGGUGGGCGAAUGGCCAGAGGUGGAGUUUCAUCCGUACUGUGCUGAGGACGAGACAGAGUUGGGCUACAUGGAUGAUCCAUACCAUGAGGAAACUUAUGAGGAUCUGCUCACCUUCAGUUUGGAGAGAGACACACUCCAGAUAGUGGAGGCCGGAGAAGAACACAGCCAGAUGGUGAAGUGCGAGUUGUGCAACACCCUAACCUUGCAGUUCAACAAUCACAUAAAGCGACGUCACCCAGGUUGUGGGCAGAGUGCUGCACGAAAGGGCUACGACAGCACCGGGGCCUACGUGGACGUGUGGUUCAAAGGGGAGUGUGGCUCAAACUUUCCAUUCUACCUCCUGUGCAGCUCCUGCAGGGAAAAGUAUCUGGCUGCAAACCUGAGCGACACAGCUUCUAAAUAUGAAAGGAUUAAAGGUCUGACAUCUGAUCUGAUCGGCCAGCUAGACAGCACUUCUGAUGAUGAUUGGGAAAUGAGCCACCAAGACGAGUGUGACACAGAAAAGCUGACUGGACUGGAGGACUUUGGGCUCCUGCUGAGACCCCUGGGGCUGACUGAGAAGAAGCUGGUGCCUGAUGCCAUUGCCUUCACUGAACCAGAUCCACUUGGAGCUCGGGUUUACAGCUCUGCUGACCCAGCAAGAGCAGGAGCUCCCAAAGGGAAUGCCCUUGUUGAGCAGAAGACCUCUCUGAGCCUUGGACAGCAGGCAGUGUCACUGAGGGACUCUCACGAUCGACUGAAAGCUCUGAGAAGAGUCACCUCCACAGCCCAGAUUCUGCUCGCUUACAGCAUGGUGAUGAGAGCUCUGUCUCAGACCGCCUCUAGUGCGUCAGUGUGCAGCCAGUCCAAUGGAUUAGAGUCCUUGGGUCUGGCAGAUAUUCGCAUUCUGGUGCGUUUGAUGACUCUGGCAGCGGGGGGCAGGGCUCACACCUGUGUGGGCAGACAGUCAGGUGUGAAGGGAUCAGAACGCAACAACUCCACCUGCCUCAGCUUCCUAACCUCAGCCAUCGGCAGCGUGGUGUCCCAUAGCUCUACUGCAUACAGACAGCUAGUGGAGAUAUGCACUCAGAACCUAAUGGCCGCAGCUACAGGGGUGAACAUUGGGGCCAUUGGUGAUCCACAGCAGAGAGGUUGUCUGAACUCCAGUCUAACAGCUGCAGCACACGGAGCCCAGAUGCAGAAAGACUACAACGACCAGACGCCCCCCACUUUCCUGGUCACCCAGAGUCUGGUGUCCCUGCUGACUGAGAAGGGCGUUCACUGCUACGGCCCAGACAGGACUGAACAUGAGACCAAUGAUGCAGGGAACCACGGGGUGUCUUCUACGUCCUUGCCUCCUUCCCCUUUACCCCAUGUGAGUGCCAGAGUGGGCCCUCUGGAGCUGGCAAAUGCAUUGGCAGCAUGCGUUCUGUCUGCCAGGCUCACCAGUCAACACCGCCAGUGGGCAACGCAGCAGCUGGUGCAAUUGCUGGCCUCCACAGGAAGGGACAUCCCUAAUCGUCCCCAAACAUACAGCGACCUGGCCGGUGACUUGCGCAAAUGUCCCCUCAAGAGGCUGGAAGGACAUUACAACAAGGUGGCCAGCUGCUCCUGGAGCAGUGAGCAGAGUUUGCUGGCUACAUGCUCCCAAGACAAGGUGGUGCAGUUAUGGAGCAUCAGCCACAACACAGCAGAGUUACAGACCACCUUCUCCUGUAUUACCAGUAAGACAGACAGAUCAAACAGUGAGACGCCUGGUAGAUGUCAUCACAUGUCUCCUGUCUACUGGAGCACAGGAGGAAACUUCUUGGCUUCACUGGAAAACAAACAGAUCAACAUCAUGACCAUCAGGGGCUCUCACUGUCACGUGGAGGCUCAAGUGUCCCGGGUCACAGCCCUUUGCUGGGCUCAGACCUUCAGCCUGUGGGUUCUUGAGCUGCCAGCGGGUGGUAAGAAUAGACCUGCUGAAAGCCUGUUGUUGGGUCGGCUGGACGGGUCCCUCUGCUGGAUCCAGGUCACGAUGCAGGAAAUAGAGCUGCAAGUGAAGAGCACUGAACUCACCCACUGCCACAGGAAGGAGGCUCCUCAAUGUGUGGCCUGGCACAGUGAGGACAAACCAUUUGCAGUGGGAUAUCCCAAUGGAAAGAUCCUUCUGGCCACGACUGAGACCUAUGAGAAUGAGCAGCCAGCAGUUCUGUCUGUCUUUCAGGACAGUGUGACUUCUCUAAAAUGGGACCCCACGGGACACUUGCUGCUCUGUUUGGGCAGGUCGGAGGCGACAAAGAUACUGGGACGCUCUGGUGGAACCUGGGUAACCCUGCACUCCCUCAUUCACAGCAGUACCGUAAACAUCGCAGAGUGGUGCCCACUCGCUGGCAGAGCACCUGAACCCAGGCUCAUGAUGGCUGCAGGUUGUCAGAAUGGAUCUGUGUAUGUCUGGACACUGCCACAGGGGGGCACUGUUGUGUCUUUGUACAACCUACUGAAAAACUCUCAAAGCCAAGAAAAAGACCAUGAUGUCAAGGACAGUGCAAAGUGUGUGUUUGUUCUUCAAGGACACAUAACAGCAGUGAAGUCCCUCUCAUUUUGCUCCAGUGGACUGACUCUGGUUUCUGGGGGGAUCGGGGGGUUGCUUAACAUCUGGUCCUUACAGGAUGGUUCAAUUUUACAAACUGUAACAGGAUUGGGUUCAGUUGUUAGUACGACCUGGAUACCAAGCUUGGGUAUCGCUGCCUGCUUUGGGAGAUCAAAGGACGUUUUGUUGAUCUGCUGCACCCCCGAAUGGAUGAGUCAGAAUCACGUGCUACCUUCCUGUCGUAUGGUUCUCAGAAGCCAGAACAUCCUGGGUCUAAAUCGGGCGCCUUGUUUGGCUGUGUUUCUGGAGAGGCUGCCGUUGCUGUUACAGGAGCAGUACAACCAUGAGCGGACCCACGUGGCAGCAGGUGACCAGCUCGUCCACAGUGCCUUCCUGCAGAGCCUGGCCUCCAUGGCUGUCGGUUUGUCCUUGGAGAAACACCUGUGCCGCCUCCCAUGCCCUCCACACCACAGCAGCACUAACGCCAACUCCUGCCCCUCAGAGUGGAGCUGGCUCGCCACCUACGCCACCACUGUCCGCAGUGCCGAGGCUAUCGCUAGCGGUACCGCUUUCCCAGAAUCCUUCAUUGUUUCAGAAUUCCAGGAGGAGGAAGUCGGUGAAAUUAUUACUGCGCUGGACAACAGCAAGUGGAGCUUCAGGAUGGAUGAACAGCUGAUGUCUUGGGCAACCACCAGACCAGAGGACUGGCAACAAGGAGGAAAGAGUGAGGUAUACCUGUGGGGGAACGGGCGUUACGGACAGUUGGCAGGGAUGGGAAACAACCUCAUGAUGCCAACUCUUGCACCGACUCUGUCACAGACACAACAGGUUGUGUGUGGUCAGAACUGUACCUUCCUUUUACAGUCCAAUGGGACUGUGUUAGCUGUCGGGGAAGGACAAUAUGGCAGACUGGGCCAGGGGAAUUCUGAUGAUCUCUAUGUCCCCACUAUUAUAUUUGCUUUUCAAGGGUAUGUGGUAACACAGCUGGCAACGUCUUGUGGGUCCGAUGGACACUCCAUGGCCCUGACUGAGACCGGGGAGGUGUUCAGUUGGGGAGAUGGAGAUUUCGGCAAACUGGGGCACGGCAACAGCGAAAGGCAGAGGAGACCCAAACAGAUAGAGGCUUUACAAGGAGAAGAGGUCGUUCAGCUUGCUUGUGGGUUCCGGCACUCUGCUGUGGUAACAGCAGAUGGGAAACUGUUCACCUUUGGCAGCGGUGAAUCUGGCCGUCUGGGUCAAAGGUCAACAUCCAACAAAAUGCUGCCUGAACGAGUGGCAGCGCUAGAGGGAUAUCACGUGGGGCAGGUGUCAUGUGGUCUCAACCACACUCUGGUGCUGUCCCAAGAUGGUAUGGUUGUGUGGGCAUUUGGAGAUGGAGACUACGGCAAAUUAGGUACCGGUUCUUCUACAGCGAAAUACUACCCACAGAAAGUGGAGCAGCUGUGCAACAAGGGAAUUAAGAAGGUCUCUUGUGGAACUCAGUUUUCUGUGGCGUUGGCCUGUGACGGACAUGUUUACACCUUUGGACAAGAGCGUCUGAUCGGUCUGCCGGACUCCAUGCUGAAGAACAAAUCCUGCCCUCAGGUGGUGCCGUCACUGGAGGGGCUCUUCAUAGAAGACAUUGCUGUGGGAUGUGAACAUGUCCUCGCUCUGUCUUCCACUGGAGACGUCUACGCCUGGGGCUGCAACAGUGAGGGACAGCUUGGUCUUGGACACUCCAACCUAUUGAAAGAGCCCACAUUCAUAACAGCCCUGCAAGGGAAGAACAUAAGACAGAUCUCUGCUGGCCGCUGCCACAGCUCAGCAUGGACCACCCCCUCUACCUCGAUGAAAAACUCAGGUGGCUCUGGAAAUUUCCAGCUUGGCCUUCCCCAGUCAGUCCCUCCUCAGUACAACACCCUGAAAGACUGCAGCCCUGAUGUCCUUAGCAUGCGUCUCAGGGUCCUCUACCACUUUUCUGAUCUUAUGUACAAGUCCUGGAGGCUGCUCAACCUGGACUCCAAAAAUCCGGUGUCCACUUCACGCUACAGUUCAGGGACGACAGCUAUCAUUCGGGGCGAGCUCCGAGGUCUCCUGUCACCCAAGGUCAACACUCUGCCUCUCGUGCGCUGCAUCGGCAGAACAAUGACCCAGGGCAAAACGUAUGGGCCACAGAUCACUGUGAAACGGAUUUCCACAAGAGGUCGCUCCAGUAAGCCCAUCUUUGUGCAGAUCGCUAAGCAGGUUGUGAGCUUGAACCCUCUGGAGCUUCGGCUGCCGUCACGAGCCUGGAAGGUCAAGCUCAUUGGAGAGGGAGCCGAUGAUGCCGGAGGAGUGUUUGACGACACCAUCACUGAGAUGUGCCAGGAGUUGCAGUCUGGUGUGGUGGAUCUCCUGAUUCAUACUCCCAACAGCUUUGCAGAUGUGGGCAGUAACACUGACAGGUUCCUGUUGAAUCCAGCAGCACUAUCAGAGGAUCACAUCGUCCAGUUUCGCUUUCUGGGAAUCCUCAUGGCUGUGGCCAUUCGCACCAAGAAGCCUCUGGACUUGCAUCUGGCCCCAUUGGUGUGGAAACAGCUCUGCUCAAUGCCACUGGGAGGGCCUGACCUUGAGGAUGUCGACCUGCUCACCUACCGCACCCUCCAAGGCAUCCUUCAUCUAGAAAACAGUGGAAUCACAGAGGAUAAUUUCCAUGUGAUGAUCCCGCUGGACUCGUUCGUGGCCCACAGUGCUGAUGGAAGGCUGGUACCUGUGGUUCCUGGGGGUCAAAACAUAUCCCUCACCUUUGCCAACCGGACUGAAUAUGUGGAGAGAGCUCUGGACUACAGAGUGCAUGAGAUGGAUUCACAGGUGGCCGCUGUCAGAGAGGGCAUGUCCACCAUCAUCCCGGUGCCCCUCCUCUCCCUCCUCACGGCGCUGCAGCUGGAACAGCUGGUCUGCGGCCUGCCGGAGGUCUCUGUUGAGAUGCUGAAGAAGCUGGUGCGCUACCGUGACAUCACCGACAGCCACCAGCUCAUUGGCUGGUUUUGGCAGAGCUUGGAGGAGUUCACCAACGAGGAGAGGGUGCUGUUCCUGCGCUUCGUCUCUGGCAGGUCCAGGUUGCCGUCCAACCCGGCCGAUAUCGCGCAGAAGUUCCAAAUCAUCAAGGUUGACAGGCCCGUCAACGGCCUCCCUACGGCUCAGACCUGCUUCUUCCUGCUCCGCCUGCCCCCGUACACCAGUCAGGCCAUUCUCGCCGAGCGGCUGCGUUACUCCAUCCACAACUGCCCCUCCAUCGACAUGGACAACUACAUGCUGACCCACAACACCGACCCAGUGGACAGCUCCGACACCGAGGACUGAGGCAGACAGCUGCGGCUCACAGGGUGAUGAAUGUAUCUUCUCUCCGAUGCCAUGCACAUUAUGCACUGAACACAGAGUUUUAUUGGCCAAACCUGUACGGUAGUGUACUGUUUAUAUGUCCGUUGGUUUCAAGACGUGUGUAGUUUUGAUUUUACGACUGUGAAAGAUGUAAUUAUCGCAGAGCUUACUCUGAAUCAAAACGACAGGGAUCCGGAGUAAGAUUUCAAAUAAAUAUAGGCGACUAAGCCACAAUAAAGAGUUAAUGUGCCUGUUUGUUUGAAAAUAUGUAAUAAUUUAAUGAGCUGCCAUACAUAGGCAGUGUUAUUGUAAAAUAAAGAGUGUUUA